UCGUAGUCCUUUGCUCUACUCACCCCGUUCAAGCAAUUGGGUUGCUGUUUUUUUGUCCGAUUCUGGUUGCUCGCAGAUUGUUCGGAAGGCGAGUUCUUCUUCUCCUUCUCCUUCCGAUCAUCUUCUACGGCCCCCGAUCACCCAUAUAUACCGUCUCUGGUCGUGAACUUCUCCGGCGAGUUGUUCUUCUCCGUCCGAUCAUCUUCUCGUUCUCUCCCUUGUUCAAGAAUGGAGUGCGACACACCGUAUGAUGAUUCGUGCGCUGCACGGUUGGGGGACUCUUCAAUCAUUCCCAUGGCCGACCCAAAACCUUACACACAAUUCUACGUAGACUUCCAAGUACGGUUCACAUAUCCUCCGUCGGAUUUCAUGGACGACGAUGAUGAUUCGGAGGAGGAUAUCGAUUGCUUAGAGUCGGAGUGGCGUUCUAUGCAAUUUUGGGUUCCAUGUGACCGAAUGACGUGUCACAACAAUAGUACAUGGUCCACGAUAUCAGAUAUGCUGUGUGACCUAGGUGUCCCCUUACGUGUUCAGCCUUUCAUGAUUUCUCGUAUCAUCAUUCCAUCGGCCGAAUCAAUGGUGAAACAAAAUCUUGAUAAAAACGUAAUACCCAUGGUGGUGUCGAUAGAUGUAGUGGGCCGUCCAGAAGAGGAAGAUGAAGACGAAGAUACAAUGGUGCCAAUGGAGUCGAGGCGAGUGCCGGCUAGCGAGGCAUCCAUUGAGAACUUAGAGAAGGUGAAAGUCAAACAUUCAGAUACUAAGAUGCAGUGUGUGAUAUGUUUGGAACAGCUUGUGGUUGGUUCGGAGGCAACCCGGAUGCCUUGCUUGCAUGAUUUUCAUAGGGAUUGCAUUGUUAGAUGGCUCGGAGCUAGUAAUUUCUGUCCACUGUGUCGCUUUCGGAUGCCUACUUGAAGUAACUUUUGAGAUUACUACUAUGUGACACGCCUGAUGUUAUUAUCUGUAUUAUUGAUCAAUUGAUUGUUAUUGUUUGAGAAUUCGUUUUCUUUUUUUCUUUUUUUUGCUAGCUAAAGUUUCCAACUCCAUGUUUGUUCUUGUGAAGAUCCAUGUUCUUGUAAACUAUCCAUAUUCUAAAUGAAGAAACUAUCCAGCUUUUGACCUAUGGAGGCAUUGGCUAGGGUUUCGUCUCACUUUCGAUCUCACGUGAAUUCUACUUGAAAACAUUGAU